AUGCCGCACCAGACGGAGAGUACAGUUUCUGCAGAACCGGCGCAGGCGACUUGUCAUUCCUCUGUUGCGGACAACUGGGUUGCUCCAAACCCGACAAAUGCGUUCGUCACUGGAUUGAAGGUGUCGAACUCAAUGGCGGGAGGCAAGGUGACGUUCAUACCGGAGAACGGCAACACCGUUAACUGGUAUGGAUGUGGACCAACGGUUUACGAUAGUGCGCACAUGGGCCAUGCCAGGAAUUACAUUACAUUUGACAUUUUGCGACGCAUUAUGGAAGAUUAUUUUGGUUACAACGUUAACAUGUGCAUGAAUGUUACGGACAUCGACGACAAGAUUAUUGCUCGCGCUAGAGAGUUACACAUACCGCCUAAUCAGCUAGCUCGUUACUACGAGAACGAUUUUUGGCGGAAUUUACAAGCGCUGAACUGCAAGAUGCCGGACAUCAUUACCAGAGUUAGCGAAUUUAUUCCGGAGAUCCAGAAGUUCAUUUUGAAAAUUAUCGACAACGGCUACGCUUACGAAUCCGGCGGGUCAGUCUACUUUGAUACGACGGCUUUCCGAAAUUCCGAGAAACACGUCUACGGACGCAUGGAGCCUUGGUCAGUGAAUGACGAGGCCCGCGUGCUGGAGGGUGAGGGCAGCUUGGGCGUGGUUGGUGAGAAGAAGUGUCCGUUGGAUUUUGCGCUCUGGAAGAAGGCGAAAGAGGGUGAGCCGUUUUGGGAAUCUGUUUGGGGCCGGGGCCGCCCCGGCUGGCACAUUGAGUGCUCGGCCAUGGCCUCUGAUGCUUUGGGGUUCCCGAUUGACGUUCACUCGGGUGGUAUUGACUUGCGAUUCCCCCAUCACGAUAACGAGUUGGCGCAAACUGAAGCCAACUUCAACCGCCCACAAUGGGUCAACUAUUUCCUGCACUCUGGACAUCUGCACAUUCAAGGACUGAAGAUGUCCAAGAGUCUGAAAAAUUUCAUUACGAUAUCCGCGAUUCUUGAAAACUAUGAUCCCAAGAUCGUGCGUCUCCUAGUGCUCCUGCAUCGCUGGGACCAACCCAUGAAUUACCACCCGAAAGGAGAGAGCAUGAAGGAGCCGGCGGAGAUUCACCGAACGUUGAGCAACUUCUUUGCGACUAUGAAGACGCUCAUUCGUAAGGCGGCUAAACUUGAGAUUGAGUGGAGUACUCCGGGCGACGCUAAGAUGGACAUGAAGUGCUGCACGGCCGCAAACCAGCACUGGAACCAGCAGGACCGUAGCCUGCUUGUACAGCUGAAUGCGUGCCAAUCCAAGGUGCAUAGUGCCCUUUGCGACAAUUUCGACACCCCGUCGGCUGUCGGUGCUCUGCAGCAGCUCAUUACGGACGUGAACAAGUACAUUUCCGAACAGUCUGCCGAUGAGUACAAAGGCACCUUGCUGAUCAAGGUCACCAGUCACGUGCACCGGCUGAUGAGAGUCUUCGGGCUGGUCGAAUCUGAAAACAUUUUCGGGUAUGUCAGUGAAGCCGCCGCUGGCGGAGUCGACCAGAGGUUCGCCGAUGUCAUGGACCUGCUCGGUGAGUUCCGACACCAAGUACGUGACCAGAGCCGUGGCUUAAUGAAGAAGUCCGCCACCAUGGACGACGCCCGGGACGUGGCCCGGAGUCUCCUCGGGGCCUGCGACGAAAUCCGUGACAAGAGACUCACAGCGCUCGGUGUGCGACUCGAGGAUCAGGGCGAGAAGGGCUUCAUGUGGAAGGAGCUCAACAUGUAG